CUCCACCACAAACAACCAAGAGGCUCAACAGGUAGAGAGAGACCUCUCAGUUAUCUUCUACUUCUUCCACAGUCCUUGGCUCCCAGAAAAAAACUAAAAAAUCUUCAUGAAUAUGAAUGCAAUCAAACCUUGUAAAGCCAACUAUCAAUCACCAUAUCUCUUUAACCAUCUAAAUAAUCUUCAGAAAAAUAUAAAGACAAAGCCAGCUUGUAGCAGUACACCAAGCAUGGUUGCUCGUAAAAGAAUGGCAAGAAUGGCUUCUGUGAGAGCAUGUAGUGGUGAAGGAGGAGAGAGAAAGACCGAAAGACAAAGCUUCUUGAGCUUAGAAGAAGCUGGUCUAGUCGAAGUAUCUGGUCUAAGCAGUCAUGAAAGGUUUCUAUGCCGACUAACGAUAUCAUCGCUAAAUCUACUAAGAGUGAUAUCAGAGCAAGAAGGUUGUUCGAUUGAGGAAUUAAAUGCUGGGAGGGUAUGUGAUUGGUUUUUGAAAGAUAAGCUGAAGAGAGAGCAGAAUUUGGGGUCUGCAGUCCUUCAAUGGGAUGAUUCUGAGCUCCCAUUUUGAACCCUUUUGUUCCAAGAGCAUUAUUCUCUUUUUUUUUUUCAACGGUCAAAUAUGUUCGAGUUAAUUUAUGCAAACUUCGACUAAUUUUUUUUUCGAUCCGAUCAAAAACA